UGCACGCGUCUUCCAGAAUCUGUUCUUCAGGAAUCUCCGUAUUUAAGUUCAGAACACAUGGCGAUGUUGUGCUUGAAGCAGAACUAGCUAGCUCGAUCUUGCACUUGUCUCCGACUUCCUUCUCGUUUUUGUUUCAUUCCAUAGCUGAAGCAAAAUGGGUGACAAGAAACAAGUGAAGCUAAAGGUUCGGGGUGCAAGCGAGACUGAGGUCAAGAAUGUACUUCGUCAAGAAUUCAAAGAAUCUAUCGAGUAUAGAAACUACAGCAAAAAUCCAGAGAGCAGCAGUUUGAAGGUGGAGGUGCGAGGGACUGUGGAUGUGGGGAAGCUGUACGAACGCCUCAAGAAGAUGGCAUCCAGUGUCAAGAUUGAAUCGGUUAUUCCGGAUGAUGUAAAGGAAGAAAUAGAGAGAUACAAGAAAGACCUUGAAAGAAUGAAGAGACAGAAGGAAGAUCUAGACAUAAAACUAAGGGAAAAAAGGGAAGAAAAAAAGGUUCUCCAGGCCGACAAAACAGCUGCCGAGGAAGAGCAGAAAAGAUUGAAGAGAGACAAAGAAAAUCUCAAUUUAAAGGUAGACACAAAGAGGAAAGAGAACAGGCGUCUCGAGGAGGAGAACAAGAAAUUGCAGCGAAAAAUUAAGGAUCUCGAGCAAAAGCACAAGGGAGGGACAUCAAUUGAGUAUCACGGCGUGGAGGUGCAUCAGAAGAUGAAUCAUAUGCAUCAGGAGGUACACAUGCAUGAAGUCGUUCGCAAGCUUAAGAUAUCGGACAACGAUCAUGGAAACGCUAAUGGGAGGGGGCAUGGACAACUCCUGCAGCAGCUUGGCCACGGAAGAAAUUGAUCCGCUUAUAAAUAUUACCAAAGCUAGAUAUAUGUGUGUGCUUUGUGGGUGCCAACCUAUUUUGGUGUAUGGUUUAUUUGCUUGUGUUUCUCGGUUGUGAGUUUUUUCUCUUCCAUAACAUGUCUAAUAAUAAAACAAUAACAAGAAAGCUGCAUUAUUAGGAACCGUUUUGUUCUACUGAAUGUCUGAGCUGAGCCUGAAAUUGUAAUGAUGUGAAAAGGGCAAUGUAAUGUAAUGGAUUGAUACGUCAAA